GUGCCAGACACUCUUCUCUGUUACGUAAAAAGUUGGUAGUCAGUUUGACGAUGAGUAUAUAAUGUGAUACGAAUGAUUCAAACAUUGAGCAAUGGUUGAUGUGGCUCAGUUUACGCACACGUAUUGCCUACGUUUGUGAUAUAUUACUCUCAAAGGUCAAUGUACCAGCCAGACUAUGGCGUCAAAUGACAUCAAAAUGUCUUUUUGAAGUUGAAUUUCCAUUGUGAGAUACUGAUACUCAGAUGGUCAGAGUUUAAGCAGCAGACGCUUUUAUUGACAAAUAAAAAAAGAUGUCGUUCAUAUUGACACUGCAAAGCGCAAAACAGGCAAGCGUACCACGUCUAAAUAAUUUUUUUGGUCAACUUGGAAGACAAAAAAUACUUGUGACGUGGCUCCCACCUAUCCUAGGGCUAUGCAAUUUGUUUUAUCGCACCAAAAACUUAAACCAAAACCAUCAUCGAUGAUAGGCUGUGUGCUUUUGUGUUGAGAAACUAUGAUUACAAAAUGUGAUACAAAAACUAUAAAUAAUCGUCUUAGCUGUUGAGAAAGGUGAGGCAUGAGUUCACGUAAUAUUGAGGUUCUACCAUUGUAAAUUGUAAGCUAAGAAAUUGUGUUAAUAUAACAACAAAAAUUUCAUAACAUCACAUCUUGUGUGUCCCUUCGGAGUACUGUUGGUCUAGCUACUUGUUAACGGUGCGGGCACAGACGAUAAACAAUGUGAAUACUUGAAAGAAUGUCUUUUGCCACACCAUCAAAAUCAGAAUCCCAGUAACUUAACUCAAAUAGAAUACAUUACCAUCAACUGCUACUCUAAGUUACUUCCUUGCAAAGAUAUUUAAAAAAUUUCACGCCAAUAAUUAUCUCGACUACGGUGUUCAAAUAACAAGAGGCACUCAAUCUGGUAUAAAUAUUGAAAAUUAGCGUGACGCAUGUAGACUGAAGAGAAGACUGAAGAUUUUUGUGAGUAUACACUCGUCGGAUUUUGUUGAGUCGCAGCCGCAGAAAGUGAAAAUGCAAGAUGAGAACCUUGGCAUAAUUCUAGACGAAAAUAGCCAAGUUAUCUAAGGCAGUGAGAAGAGCAAGAACAGAAUGUUGAAUGCUUAUAGACCAUGGGAAUGUAGAUCCAAGUAUUUUUGACCAAACACAGCUGAGAGCAUUGAAGAAGAGGAUGUAUUCAGUCUAUGUGGUUACCAAUGUCAAAGUUUCACCGUUAACCAAGUAGCUUGGAUCUCUUUUCUGGUGGUGGGUCAUAAUAUAUACACGCAUAAUAAUGCGUGAAUUUUGUUUUGUGAUCUAGGAAGUUUAUGGACAACAAGGGCCAGAGUUAUGAAUUGAUGUUGGAGAAUAGUGCUGGCUUCAACAACCCCAACAACACUAAAUAUCUUUGCAACUUGAUGGGUCUUGGACAAGAAAACCACUCCAAUAUGGUUGGACUCAGGGAAAGAUUCCCGGAGACUGAAUAUGCUAACGAGCUACGACAGAUACAGGCCAGUAAAUGGGCAUUUCGGAGUGUCGCGGAAGGCAUUGAUCAUUUCAAGGCCGGUCGUCAUACAGAAGCUUUCCAAUGCCUCAACAAAGCUUUGACUGUCGACCCUCGAAAUGUCGAAGGGCUGGUUGCUCGUGGAGCACUGUAUGCAAACGGAGGUAGCUUUAAGAAGGCUAUCGAUGAUUUUGAAACUGCGUUGAAGUUGAAUCAGACCCACGCCAAUGCGCGAAAGUACAUGGCCGAAACUCUGGUAGCGUUGGGUCGCAGUUACGAGGAUGAGAAUAAAUUCGAAGAUGCCAGAAAAGCAUAUGAAAAUUGUCUGGCUAUUGCUCCUUAUCACGAAGAAGCUAGAAAUUCAAUUGAAUAUAUAAAAACAAAGACCCUGACAACGGGGUUAAACCCCUUGGAUACGUUCAAAACCUUCGAAACUGAAGAAGCUCCAGAAAUUAAAAUCAAAGAGAAGAAAAAACGAAAGAAGGAAAGGAAAUCAAGAUCUAAGAAAAGACAAAGAUGGAGUUCAAGUUCUAGCUCGUCUUCAAGUGGAUCGUCAAGUUCGUCAAGCUCUGAUUCUAGUAGUUCUUCGUCUUCUGGUACUUCGAGAUCUGGAUCAAGAUCCCCUAAUCGCAAAAGGAAACACAAGAAAGAUCACCGUGGGUCCUUAUCACCACUCAGCAAACGUAUGGCUCAGUACAAUAAUCCUCCAGCUGCAUUGGCGGCAGCUCAUGAUGCCAUUCUGCCAAUACCGUACACGGGAUCUCGUGAAAAACCGGAAGACUAUGAGACCAAAGUGAGGAAAUUCUUGGAGCAAACAAAGGAUGACUCUGAUUAUGAGGACAAGGUACGGAAGUUCUUGGAGGAGACUGCCCGAUGGAAGAGAGAACGGGAAAAAGAUAAGAAGCACUCGGAGAGUGAUAAAUUGAAGAAGAAGAAGAAGAAAGAGAAGAAGGGAAAAGACAAGGAUAAGGAAGAUAAGAAAACGAGAAAGAAAAAGAAGAAAGAAGAGCGGAAGAAACGCAAAAACAAAGAUAAACUUGAACGUGAUUUAGAAGCUCUGAGGAAGUCUUCACUCCCAGAUUUAGAGCAACUCGAAUCGAAAUUAAGUGCCUACUAUGCAAAGGUUGAAAAAGAAACUGCCGUUCUCAAGAGCAAUGCUGAGAAACUUGCGGAAAGCACUCGCAGGGAGGAAGAAAUCCGUCGAGAAAGAGACAGAGAAAGGGAGCGUGAAAAGGAAAGGGAUGAAGCUGCUAAAGCCUAUCAUGAGCGUGAGCCAAAAGCUGUGAUGACUUCCCAACAGCGCAAAGAUAUUCAAAGGAAACCAAUUACAGAUAUAUUCGAUCAAGACGCGCUGCUGAUUCAUCCCGAACCUAAACUGACCUUGGACACGGCUGCCCUCAACGCCAAGUGGAAAGCUGCGCAAGCUGCCAGAUACGUAAGCAAGCAAAAGGAGGGGCAUAUCCAAAAGUGGCAAGACAUUCAGCCGGAUAAAAAGUCUGCGCUUAAGCUUGAGAGCGACGAUAACAGUGACAACGAUCAUGAAGAGAGAAUACAGCGAGCUGCCCUGGAGAAAUCAUUGAACAUUCGGAAGCAAAUGCAGCGUGAAUUGGUAGAAAAACGAGCUGCGGCUCAGCCCAUCAUGACGCCAACUCCGCCCCCUCCGUUGCCCAAGGAGCUACCUCUACUGAAACAGGCACCCGUCAAGUAUCCAACCCCGCAACCUCAGAAUAAGUUCCAGACUUACAAAGACUCUUCGGUACCUCUACCUGCUUCUGUUCCAAUGGGGAAAUUUUCCUCAACCAGUCUGGGUGGCAAGUUCCAACCCAUCGGCCAAAUGAAUAGCAAUAAUCAUCCUCCAGAACCACCAGGGCCCCGACCCCCACUAGGUAAAGGCCACAGCGGUCAAGCUAAAGGUCCAAGAACAGAUUCGGACAGUGAAAAUGACAGGCGAAGACAGUCCAUGAAAAAACGCGAAUCUCUUGGUCGUGGUGGCCCAGGUGGUCCAGGUGGCGGCGGUGAUGGCAACAACUCCAAAAGAAUGAGCAGAGAUCGUACUAGAAAGCGAAACUCUAGAAGCCGUUCAAAGAGCGGCUCAAGUUCUAGAUCGUCACGUUCUGGUAGGCGUACUAGGUCCAGGUCGUACUCUGGACGCAGAUCGGGUAGCUACGAACGGAAAUAUAGUCGUUCACCAUCGGGUUCUUACAGCAGAUCAGGGUCGAGGUCGAGGUCGUCGUACACUCGUAGCCGUAGUCGUAGCAGGUCCGGGGACCGUGGUUAUUACAGGAAGAGACAGUUCAGGCCAUACAACAAUAGGGGUACAUAUUAUAAGCCACGUUUCCAGGGUUUCAACAACCAGAACCACCGUGGUGGUGGUAACUUCCAGAAUAGAAACCGAUUCUACAACAACAAUCAGCACAAUAACAGAUUUGGAAACCGCAGAGGUGGAGGUUUUCAGAAUCGUGGCGGAGGAAGAGGCAGAGGCGGAAAUAGAGGUGGUAGAUUCUUCCAUGGAAAACAAAACUUCAGGGACUUCAGGGACAGGCGUGAUUUCCGAGACAGAAGGGGAUCAUCCAGGGAUAGAUACAGCGACAGAAGCUACUCCCCAGAUCCUAUGCGCAAGGUUGACGAGGCCAAGGAAAAAAUAAACAAGAUGCUCGAGGGUGGUGACGAUGGUGGAGAGCGAGAUAGGGAAAGAGAACGAGAACCUCAAAGGGAGAGGGAGAGAGAGCGUGAAAGGGAGCAACAAAGUGGAGGUCCUGCUAUGCCACAAAACAAAAGACAGGAUGGUCCACUAAGCGAGGGGGAGGAGAGAGACGAUGAUGACUACGAGAGGUGGGGCGAGGGAGAGGGGGGCGACUCAGCUAACAACAAGAGCGACGAGGUUUUCCCGACCGGACCUGUAGACGCUAGCCUGGAUGGAAAGGAUAUCUUCAUUGAGCGUAUGAAGCAGCGAAGCAAGAAUGUUUUAAUGCAGAGAGCCCUCGCAGCCAGGAUUUGGUAGACCAGACUCAAAUCAUCAACAUCACCGUCACCACCUCUCCUCGCCUCGCUUACCUGGUUUCUUUUUUUGCUUUCAUUUCAUCUUUGAAGAAGACGGAGGGCUCUUUGUCGGAGAGAAGUCUUGGAGGAUUCCAGAUUUUGGCUGGGCUUCGUUCUCCAUGAUACGCAUGUAACCCUAUGAAACGUUCGACCCUGUGGAAAACAUACCCAACACCCGACACGUAUCUGGCCAGGACAACAAAUUUUGCUUCGUGCUUCUGUCUGUUCAUUCAGUCAUCCCUUCAUGUCUACUUAUUCACUCACAUUCUCGGUCACACUCCAACAGUCAUCAACCCGAUACUCUCUUCUCGUAUAGCGCAGUGAUUCAUAUCACUCACCGCAAACUGUUCAUAGUCUACUAUCAAUUCACCUUCUGAACCUCGGGAUUUUGUUUACAGCGACAUCGAUCAGAAUCUAUUUCGUAUUAUUAAAUACGCUAAAAUCCUACAUCUUUAGGGAGUUUUAAAUAAUAACUACUUGUGCUAUGAGUGACGAAAAUUAAAAAAAAAACAAAAAACACCACAUAAACUAAAAGGCGUCGCACGUGACCUACCAGUCAUUUUCAGUGUAUUCGUACGGUAGAUGGUGAAUAUUUAUUAAUCCAGAGAUUUGACGAUAUAGGUUCAUGCUUGCGGAAAAUUGAGGGGGAAUCAUAACUUAACUAUAAUUGCGAUUGAUUUGCUGUUUAUCAAUUUCGUUCGGUCAUUUUGUAACAUUCGGUUUUACUUUGCAUUUGUACUUCUAUCCAAUGAUCUUCUUGCAACAUAUGAACUGGAAGGUAAUUUUACCAGAACCUGUUGAAGAUAACACCCUACGCAUUUACUGCCUGUGAGCAACUCAAGUUUUGAAACUCAAAUGUGGCGAUACUUCUGCAGGAGGAUCAAUACCCAAAGAGGCACCUCAUAAUCAUGUAAAUUUUCCCAUUCUUGUCGAAUACUCAAGAAUUUGACAAGGUUACGCUGCAAUUAAACAUACAUUAUUAUAGUUAUGAUAACAAAUAUCGAUUAGGCUUUACGUUUGUCUCUGUAACAGUUCACUGUAAAAACUUGAGAUCAUAAAAAAAAAAAUAUAUACCACUUAUAACAUUA